CUGAGCGAUGCAGCUGUGUGGUCAGUGAUGGGGACAUGUGGAAGGACUAAUGAGGGGUCCUUUGAACUCAACGGUGUAGAGAACGGUGAUAGGAGAAUCUGUAGGAUCAGGGAUAAUGGACAAAGUUCUAGAAUUGGAAUUACCGGUCAGAAGAGAAACACAAGUUACCAAUGAUAACUUUAACAAUUAACAAGCAACACACGUCACAUCCAGUCAUUGAAGAGUGGUUAGCUCAACUUUGUCUCUGAAGACUCUUCUGUACUCCACCACACUCCCAAUUGCUUUGCAAAGAGAAACAGAAAAUGACUGAAACUCAGGAAUCAGUGACAUUUGAAGAUGUGGCUGUGGACUUCACUCAGGAAGAGUGGCGGCAGCUGGACCCUGCUCAGAAGACUCUGCACAGGGAUGUGAUGCUAGAAAUCUAUAGUCACCUGGUCUCUGUGGGGUGUUCAAGCAUAAAACCAAGUAUAAUCUUCAAGUUGGAACAUGAAACAGAUCUGUGGAUCAUAGACAGUGAGCUGUCAAGGUGGAUCUACUCAGAUAGGGAGAAAAGCCUUGACUCUUCUCAGUGGAUCAUUUCUGGAGAACUUUCAUUUCAAAGGGAGAUACCGAAAAGAGCCCGAAAGGAUAAUUCAUUUCACUCUGUCUUAAAAGUCUGGCAUAUUGAUUGUCAGGUAGAUAGAUAUCAAGGAAACCAAGAGAGAAUUUUGAGGCAGGUCACAGUCAUCAGCCAUGAAAUAAUGACCAAGAAUAGAGGCUCCAAAUGCAAUACAUUUGGAAAAAUAUUCAGUGGGUGCAUAGACCUUGAUCCUUCAAGUAAAAAACUCCAUAAUUUUGAUUCAUGUGAAAAGAGCUUGAAAUCUAAUUUAGACUCACUCACUUGUAAUAAAAGCUAUGCAAAAAAGAAUCUCGUUGAGAGAUUUGGAUGCGGGAGACCACCUAGCUACAGUGCUUUCUGUUUUAUUCCUGAGAAAAUUCACACUGGAAUGAAAUUCUGUAGACAUAAUCAAUGUAAAAAUGUUCUCAAUCAUAAGCAAGCCCAUAUUCAGAAUAUGAAAGUUAAAGCUGGGGAGAAACCCAAUGUUUGUAGUGUGUGUGGGAAGAGCUUUAUUAAGAAGUCACAGCUCAUUAUACAUCAAAGAAUUCAUACUGGAGAGAAACCAUAUGUAUGUGGAGAUUGUGAGAAAACCUUCAGUGAGAAAUCACAUCUCAUUGUGCAUCAGCGGAUUCAUACUGGAGAGAAACCCUAUGAAUGUACUGAGUGUGGGAAGGCUUUUUCCCAGAAGUCACCUUUUAUUGUUCAUCAGAGAGUCCACACUGGAGAGAAACCCUAUGAAUGUUUUGAGUGCCAAAAAGCCUUCUCCCAGAAGUCACAUCUCAUUAUACAUCAGCGAGUUCAUACCAGAGAGAAGCCCUUUGAGUGCAGUGAAUGUGGGAAAGCUUUCUGUGAGAAGUCUCAUCUUUUUAUACACCAGACAACUCAUACUGGGAAGAAACCCUAUGAGUGUACCGAAUGUGAGAAGACCUUCCCUCGGAAAACACAGCUCAUCAUCCAUCAGAGAACGCAUACUGGAGAGAAACCCUAUAAGUGCAGUGAAUGUGGAAAAACCUUUUGCCAGCAAUCCCACCUCAUAGGACAUCAAAGAAUUCAUACAGGAGAGAAACCUUAUGUAUGUACUCACUGUGGGAAGGCCUUUUCCCAGAAGUCACACCUCACUGGACAUCAAAGGCUUCAUACUGGAGAGAAACCUUAUAUAUGUAAAGAAUGUGGAAAAGCUUUCUCUCAGAAAUCACCUCUUAUUAUACACCAGAGAAUUCAUACGGGGGAGAAACCCUAUGAGUGUAGUGAAUGUGGCAAAAACUUUUCUCAGAAGUCACCCCUCAUUAUUCAUCAGAGAAUUCAUACAAGGGAGAAACCUUAUGAGUGUACUGAUUAUGGAAGGGCCUGUUCCCUGAAGUCACACCUCAUUAUACAUCAGAAAGCUCAUACUGGAAAGAAAUCAUAUGAAGGUAGUGAAUGUGGAAAAGCUUUCUGUGAGAAGUCUCCACUAGUUGUACAUCAGAAAACCCAUACUAGACAGAAACUCUUCGAAUCUGCUGAGUAUGGGAUGACGUUUUUCCGGAAAUCACAGAUGAUCACAUAUCAGAGAACACACACAAGGGAGAAACCGUCCAAAUGCAGUGAAUGUGGGAAGGUCUUCUGCCAGCACAUACACCUCACUAGACAUCAGAAUCCACGUAGGAGAGAAACCUUAUAUACAUACUGAUUGUGGGAAGGUCUUUUCCCAGAAGUCAGACCUCA